AGUGGCGUCACGCGCAAGUUCCGGCCCCGCCUGUUCCGGGGCGCUGGCCUAUCUCGCGGAACUGCGCGGUGCACGUGCGUUCCCGGUUCGCGUUGCGGUAGCCAUGGACGCUUUGGAUCGCGUUUUAAAGCCCAAAACGAAAAGAGCCAAGAGAUUCCUCGAGAAGAGAGAACCGAAGCUCAGUGAAAAUAUUAAAAAUGCUAUGCUGAUUAAAGGGGGAAAUGCAAAUUCAAUGGUGACACAAGUACUUAAAGAUGUGUAUGCACUGAAAAAACCGUAUGGCGUUCUGUAUAAAAAGAAAAACAUUACAAGACCAUUUGAGGAUCAGACAUCAUUGGAAUUCUUUUCAAAGAAGUCAGAUUGUUCUUUAUUUAUGUUUGGCUCCCAUAAUAAGAAGCGGCCAAAUAAUCUAGUAAUCGGUCGUAUGUAUGACUACCAUGUGCUGGAUAUGAUUGAAUUAGGUAUCGAGAAGUUUGUCUCUCUAAAAGAUAUUAAGAAUAGUAAAUGUCCCGAGGGAACAAAACCCAUGUUAAUAUUUGCUGGUGAUGAUUUUGAUGUAACAGAAGACUACAGAAGGCUAAAAAGUCUUCUUAUUGAUUUCUUCAGAGGCCCCACAGUACCAAAUAUCCGCCUGGCUGGUCUGGAGUAUGUUCUGCACUUCACUGCACUGAAUGGGAAGAUUUACUUUCGAAGCUAUAAGUUGCUGUUGAAGAAAUCUGGUUGCAGAACACCAAGGAUUGAAUUGGAAGAGAUGGGGCCCUCAUUGGAUCUCGUUCUGAGGAGGACACAUCUGGCAUCAGAUGAUCUUUAUAAAUUAUCUAUGAAAAUGCCAAAAGCCCUCAAGCCAAAGAAGAAGAAAAAUGUCUCCCAUGAUACUUUUGGUACAACUUAUGGAAGGAUUCAUAUGCAGAAGCAAGACCUAAGCAAACUACAAACCAGGAAAAUGAAGGGGUUGAAGAAACGACCUGCAGAAAGGAUAACAGAAGACCAGGAGAAAAAAUCAAAGAGAAUUAAAAAAAACUGAUAGAACUUAGCCAGUGACUAUAAUGUUAUUGUAGUCUGUUUACUUAAGAGAAUUCUUAAUCAUCAGUCAUUUCUAAGUUUCUUAUAAGAUUUUAUUAAAUAUUUUUAUAGCAUGAUAAUUUACCUAAACUAUAUAUUAUAUAUAUUAUGUACACUAAUCUACUAGUAUUAAUUUGAAAGUAAGCCUUUUUGAGAUAUAUCCUGGUGGGCCAUUUUCUAUGUUAUGGUAGUCCCUCUGCCCCCCCCCCCCCAAGUCUCAUUAGGUUGGUAGGUGAAGAGGAAUCUCCGGAACAACCAUUGGUAUUUUAAAGAAUUUCUGGGUUAAGCUUUCGAUAAAGGGAGAAAGCCAUGGAAAGUAGAAAUGGCCCAAAGGAACUGUAUACACACUUAGUAUGAGGUAUCUGGAAAGAUAACCCCAUCUCCCAACACAUACCUAUAACCUGACUUUUGUUUUUUA